AUGCGCAGAGGUAUCAAGGUAAAGGCCACAGAAAACCCAUUUACUUCAGCAGCAGAAAUAGUGGAGAACGCGCUGCAAGAAGAUAUUGGAGUUGCCAAUAUUACUGUCCAUCCUACGCUUCCGAAACCAGUUAACCUUUGCCAGCAAGCGAACCGAAAACGCAAGUUAACAAGACCGAAUCAUCCACUGGAUUUACAGUUUGUUUUAGACCAUGAUCACUUUCCUCCAGAUUUCUUUAAGAAGGAUGUCCAUGUCGAUCAACAACGUCAUGUGGUGUUUGCAUCCGACCAAAUGUUAACCCUUCUUCACAGGGCAAGAAAUUGGUACCUUGAUGCCACAUUCAAACUGGUAAGAGAACCAUUCAUGCAGCUUUUCAGCAUUCACAGUUUUGUUAAAUGCAACGAAUGCAUUAAACAAGUGCCGCUUACCUUUGCGAUGAUGUCUUCUCGUCGAAUGGAAGACUAUGUAGCUGUGUUGGAAGCUGUAAUUGAACUACUACCAGAAUAUGCU